AUGUCUGUCGCCCGAACAAUCGUGAAAGCCUUCAAGGCCAUCGAGAAGGCCGAAGGAGCUGGCGCAAGGGUCCGCCGCUCAGUAGGGACCCACCAGCUCCAGCACUUCAGUCCCUUCCUCAUGCUCGACCACUUUACAAUUGGCGAAGGCGCCGGAUUCCCGGACCAUCCUCAUCGUGGGCAAGAGACAAUCACCUACCUCCUCGAGGGCUCCGUCGACCAUGAAGAUUUCGCCGGAAACGCCGGCACGAUCCAUGCCGGCGAUCUCCAGUUCAUGACCGCCGGACGCGGUAUCAUCCAUGCCGAGAUGCCAGGCAAGUCAGUCGACGGCAAGCCCAACGUUGGGCUACAGCUGUGGGUGGACCUGCCAAAGCACCUCAAGUUCUGCGAGCCGCGGUACCGCGACCUACGGGCGUCGGAGAUCCCGGUGGCAAAGACAGACGGGGACAAGGUCGAGAUCAAGGUGAUUUCCGGGAACUCGCAUGGGGUGGAUAGCGUGCGUGAUUUGGCGUACACGCCGGUGUGGAUCCUGGAUGUGACAAUGAAGCCGGGUGCGAAGCUGGCGCAGCCGCUGCCAAAGGGGUGGAAUGCAUUUGUGUAUACGCUGAAGGGGAGUGCGUCGUUUGCAGGGAAGAGGGUGGAGGCGUUUCACAAUGUUGUGUUUGCGCAGGAGGGGGAUGGAAUUGAUGUUGCGGUUGAUGAGGCCGAGAAGGAAGAUGCGCGAUUUGUCAUCGUUGCAGGACAGCCUCUCGACCAGCCGGUGGUGCAGUAUGGGCCGUUCGUCUUGAACACAAAUGAACAGGUCUACCAGGCUAUGCUUGACUUCCAGAGCAACAGCAAUGGCUUCGAGAGAGCCAAGGGGUGGAAGUCAGUCAUCGGGAAGCGCAUGUAA